AUGCAGCGGCUGCGAGCAUGGCUUGCACUCUCCGCCGCGCUUUGGCUUGCUGCCUUCGUCUCUCCAUGCCAUGCGCAACCAUUCGAACCUGGAGUCGUGAUGAUCAACGCUACGCAAGCUGUGUUUCUCAAGGACUCCCGGAAGGCAUGGGGAAAGGCGGUCCAAGGCUGGGUUGUCGGUGCUGACUGUUUUUACGCCCAAGGACUCAACUGUGACGAUUCAGGCAUGAUUACCCAGAUAUCUUUCACUUCUUUCACGGGGGGGCUUAAUGGGUCUAUUCCUCACAGCAUCUCCUCUCUCACUGCACUAACUUAUCUGGCCUUUUUAGGCACUAAUUUGACGGGCUCCAUUCCCAACGGCCUCUCCAAGCUUCAUCAGCUCCUAACUCUGGAUUUUUCAUACAACCAUUUGACGGGCUCCAUUCCCAGUGACAUUCGCUUUCUUCCUAAUCUCACUCAAAUGGAUCUUUCAAACAACAUUCUGACGGGCUCUAUUCCCACCAACAUAUUCACGAACCCUCAGCUCUCUAUGUUGUAUGGAGCACCUUGUUUAAAUCCGGGGCUAAGCACGCACAAUGAGUGGUGA